AUGAGAAAGGCUCGGUGUGUAAAAGUUGCUGAUGCAGCACCAAGUGUUGUAGAACUUCAUGGUUCUGGCAGUUCGUGGAUUGUCAGUGGACAGAGAGUUAAUGGACCUGAUGGCAUUCUACAGAAUGGAGCUGUAGAUGAUAAUGUGGCUAAAACCAGCCAGCUUCUGGCAGAGUUGAAUUUUGAAGAAGAUGAAGAAGAUACCUAUUACACAAAGGAUCUUCCUGUGCAUGCUUGCAGUUACUGUGGUAUCCAUGACCCUGCUUGCGUGGUUUACUGUAACACCAGCAAAAAGUGGUUCUGUAACGGGCGUGGAAAUACAUCUGGCAGCCACAUUGUUAAUCAUCUUGUGAGAGCGAAGUGUAAAGAGGUGACUCUCCACAAAGAUGGACCUCUAGGAGAGACUGUCUUGGAAUGUUAUAACUGUGGAUGUCGUAAUGUGUUUCUCCUUGGCUUUAUUCCAGCUAAGGCAGACUCUGUGGUUGUUUUGCUGUGCAGGCAGCCAUGUGCCAGUCAGAGCAGUUUAAAGGAUAUUAAUUGGGACAGUUCACAGUGGCAGCCUCUUAUACAAGAUCGUUGUUUCCUUUCGUGGUUGGUAAAGAUUCCAUCUGAACAGGAACAAUUGAGAGCACGUCAGAUUACAGCUCAACAGAUUAACAAACUGGAAGAACUUUGGAAGGAAAAUCCAUCUGCAACCCUUGAGGACUUAGAAAAACCUGGUGUUGAUGAAGAACCACAGCAUGUCCUGCUUAGAUAUGAAGAUGCUUAUCAAUACCAAAAUAUAUUUGGUCCUCUAGUCAAGCUUGAGGCAGACUAUGACAAGAAACUCAAGGAGUCUCAGACCCAAGAUAACAUCACAGUCAGAUGGGACCUGGGCUUGAACAAGAAAAGAAUUGCUUAUUUCACUUUGCCAAAGACUGAUUCAGACAUGCGUCUUAUGCAAGGAGAUGAGAUCUGCUUGAGGUAUAAGGGAGACCUGGCCCCUUUGUGGAAAGGAAUUGGUCAUGUUAUCAAAGUUCCUGAUAAUUAUGGUGAUGAGAUAGCCAUUGAGCUGAGGAGCAGCGUUGGAGCGCCUGUGGAAGUUACUCAUAACUUCCAAGUGGAUUUUGUAUGGAAGUCUACUUCAUUUGACAGAAUGCAGAGUGCUUUAAAAACAUUUGCUGUGGAUGAGACCUCAGUGUCUGGGUACAUCUAUCACAAACUGUUAGGUCAUGAGGUAGAAGAUGUAAUUAUUAAAUGCCAGUUGCCAAAGCGCUUUACAGCACAAGGACUUCCUGAUCUCAACCAUUCUCAGGUUUAUGCUGUGAAGACUGUCCUGCAGCGUCCUCUGAGCCUUAUUCAGGGUCCCCCUGGUACUGGAAAAACAGUGACAUCAGCCACAAUCGUCUAUCAUCUGGCUAGACAGGGCAAUGGGCCUGUGUUAGUCUGUGCUCCGAGUAAUAUAGCUGUAGAUCAGUUGACUGAGAAGAUCCAUCAAACUGGACUGAAAGUGGUUCGUCUGUGUGCUAAAAGUCGUGAGGCAAUUGACUCUCCUGUAUCCUUCUUGGCAUUGCAUAACCAGAUCAGAAACAUGGAUAGCAUGCCAGAGCUUCAGAAACUGCAGCAGCUUAAAGAUGAAACUGGAGAACUGUCGUCUGCUGAUGAGAAACGUUACCGUGCACUGAAACGAACAGCAGAGCGUGAAUUACUUAUG